CGGACAGCGGACGGAGCGGCGGUGAGCGGGAGCGGACAGCGAACGGAGCGACGGCGAGCAGGAGCAAACAGCGAACGGAGCGACUGCGAACGGGAGCGGACAGCGGACGGAGAGACGGCCAGCGGGAGCGGACAGCGGACGGAGAGACGGCCAGCGGGAGCGGACAGCGGGCGAAGCCAACUGAUCGCAAGUCCACAGGUGUCAGGACCCGGCGCAGUUCGUGAGCUACCGGAAGAGCAGUGAACCGACGCCGCCGAACCUCAGUGGCAACAUGUCCGACAAAAACGGCCAUGCUGUGCCGGGCUCGUCCUGGAAGAACAACUAUGUCCCAGCCUACGCCAACGGCGACAAACUCGGGAAGCGUUCGCUGGAGCCGGUGGAGGUGGCUCCGGAGAUAGAGCCGGAAGAGCACGACCGCGGCCAGUGGGGCUCCAAGUGGGAGUUUGUCUUCUCCUGCGUCGGCCUCUCGGUCGGUAUCGGCAACGUCUGGCGCUUCCCCUACCUCGCCUACGAGAACGGCGGCGGUGCCUUCCUGAUACCCUACAUCAUCAUCUUGGUCCUGGUGGGAAAGCCGAUGUACCUGAUGGAGACAGCAAUCGGCCAAUACAGCCAGCUGGGACCCAUGUCCAUGUGGAGCAUGGCACCCAUCAUGAAAGGCGUUGGUGCGGCAAUGGUGGUGGUAUCGCUGAUCGUGGCCAUCUACUACAAUGUCAUCAUGGCCUACACCUUAUUCUUCACGUUUGCCUCGUUCCAAGGUGGCUCCGCUCCUUGGUCUGACUGUCACGAGUCGUUUGCGGACGACAACUGUUUUGUUCGAAACGUGACCUUCCCGGCCUGCAAGUUCCUCGAGUCCAGAAACAUCACAAACUUCACGGAGGGCGUCGACUGCCACAACAAGACGGAGCUAGCGGCGGAACAAUAUUUCAAGCACUUUGUGCUGCGCCUGGGAGACGGCUUGGACACGCCCGGCGACAUCGGGGGCAUGAAUUGGCAGUUGACGCUCUGCCUGCUCCUCUCCUGGAUCAUCGUCUUCUUCUGCCUCAUGAAGGGUGUCAAGAGUUCCGGCAAGGUGGUGUACGUCACGGCCACGGCGCCGUACGUCUUCUUGAUCGCCAUUCUGGCCUACGGCUGCACCCUGCCGGGGGCCAUUGAUGGCAUCAAGUUCUUCUUUAUCCCCGAGUGGGAGAAGCUCAAGGACAUCACUGUAUGGCAGAAGGCAGCCGAGCAGAUGUUCUUCUCACUAAGCGUCUCGUGGGGCGGCCUGAUCAUGUUCGGCUCGUACAACAAGUUCAACAACAAGGUGCACAUCGACUCAAUGGUGAUAUCCUCGCUGGACUUCGUCACAUCCAUCAUCGCCAGCGUGGCUAUCUUCAGCAUCAUGGGCUCGAUGGCCCAGUCGGCCGGCGUUAAGGUGGACGAGGUGGUGAAGUCUGGCCAGGGCCUAGCAUUUAUCGCAUUCCCCGAGGCCAUAGGCGGCGUGCCCGGCUGGCAGCUUUGGUCCAUCUUGUUCUUCGUCAUGCUCUACACCCUCGGCCUGGACUCGGAGUUUGCCUUGCUGGAAACCGUCACAACGGCCAUCUACGACUCGUUCCCGUCCACACGGAACUGGAAGGCUCUGGUCACGUUGGUAGCCUCCAGUUCCUGUUUUCUCCUUGGUCUGCCCUGCGUCUCUCAGUCGGGCCCGUACGUUCUGCACCUGAUGGACACGUUUGGCGGUCUCUGCGUGAUGCUGAUCGCUGUGUUCGAGCUGAUUGGCAUCAUGUGGAUAUAUGGCGUCAAGCGCUUCUCGGACAACAUCCAAUUCAUGAUCAACUACCGGCCCAGCAUGUACUUCCUCGUCUGCUGGGUGCUCGUUGCGCCGCUGAUGCUUGCGGCCAUCUUCGCAUACGCGAUGUACGAGUACGAAGCGCCCAAGUACGGCGACUACGUGUACCCGGAAUGGGCGGUGGGCGUCGGCUGGGCCCUGGCGGGGGUCUCCAUCGUCCAGAUCCCCGUCUGGGGCGUCGGCGCUCUCCUCUACCACACGUGCAAGGGCGAGCCUGGCCAGGCGUUCCGGCCGCUGCCCAGCUGGGGUCCGGGAGACAAGGAAGCGAGGCGCCGCCUGCUGGCUGUACAGCAGCAGCUGCUGAGGCGUGACCAGCUGCACGGCCGCGACAACCCCGCCCUGGAGAUGGAACGGGUCUAAACCAGCUGCAAGACUCCGACAUCCCCGCCCUGGAUAUGCUUCGGGUCCAAACCAGCUACACGACACCGACAUCUCAGCCCUUGACAUGAAUCGGUUCCAAUCAUCUGCACUGCUUUCGACAACUUCGCCCAGGAGAUAAACCGGGUCCAAACCGGCUGCACGGUCGCGACGGCUCCACCCGGGAGAUGAGCCGGGGCGAGAUGCAGAUGGACUGCGCGAGCGCUUGAGAUGGUAUCCAUGCCUGGAGACGGGUGGGGUGUGUGCAGCCCCAGUCGGCAGGUACGCGAGGUCGCAGACAAUGUGUCGAGACGGCAAGUUCGCACAUGGGUCAGAGUUCGAAAGGCUUCAGUGUGGGAAAGAGCAAGUAGAAAUCGUAUACGUCCUCUGAAGAGCGGUAAUGUGGUUGGUAUUUGCGCCAGUAUAUCGGUGGCGAUGUCCGUUCAAGCACUCCUUGCUACCAGCCCCAUGGCUCGCGAGCAAUCUCCACAGCUGCAGAGACACGCAUGGCGGUGGUGCCUUCUGAGGGGCUCCAGCGGUGCCACGAGGCCACUGUCGGCUGGAUGGUCCAGCAUUAGCGAGCUCAGACUUGAUCAGGCGACGCCCUAACGUUCUAGCAUUUAUCCGUUGCGUGCACUUGACCGGCGUGAAGCGCUGGCGUGGAAUCGAAGGUCCACCGGUGGCAGUGCAGUGCGCGUCAAGUCGCAGCGCCGCGGCUGGUGUCCUGGUGCUGUUUUUGUUCGGAGUGCGUAUGUGCUACGAGCUACGUGCUACGAGCUAUGUGCUACGGGCCAUGAGCCAGGGGGACGCGAAGUUUUCAUUUAUUUGCUACAGCAAUGCUCGCAGCCACGGGCGUGGCCACCAUUGCGGCCUGUUGGUCGGAGUCGGAGUAUUCUUCUGCGAGAGGAGGCUGGAUCGCUUUCACACGUUGACCACAAUAGCAGACAAAGCAGAUUAGGCCCCGGUAACCUGCAGUACACGUUUGCGCCCUUGCUGGCAGUAAUGGCGCUGAAAGUGACGUGGACAUUGUGGAUGUUUUAAAACAAGAAGCACCUGUGAUCAACAACAUGAUUCCGUCCUAUGGUUGUUGGGCGUUCAAGCUUCGCGCGAAUGUCGCCGGUCUGCGGCCAACACAAGCGUAACACCGGAAGAUGAUCUUCAUAGACGCCGCAACGCCGAAACACAAUGCUCACGCCAGACGAUGUGCGCUGUUGUAUUCAGCUGAAUUUACAAGUGUAUGUUUUUGGGGUCUUGUCUGAGAUCGGUACGCUAUCACGUCCCAUCUCGAUAUUUAGAAUGGGGUUUCCAAUUGUUAGAAAGUGUUAUAUGGUUCAAAACAGUUCCAGACAAUAUUCAUCCGAUUCGGUCCCUCACACACAGGGCUGUGUUCUGAACGCCUCAGUGAGUAGACGGCGUGGACCAAUGCAAUAUGCUGAGCAUGUUCCGUAACAGCAGACGCGUUUGGUGCCAGGAAAGAGUAAGCGAGUAGGUAAGAACACUUGAAUUUGAUGCUAGGCUUAUCUCGCGACGUUGUGUAUGAAUGAACUUCAUCUAAGUGCUAUGAGUAGAGAGGAUUACAGAGCUGUGUACCAACUAAUGAUGCGAAUAUACAUUUUAU